CACACACACACACAACAGCGGGGAAUGGCGCGCCAGCCACUGGCUCGGCCCUCCCCUCCAUUCACUCCCUUCGUUCCAGUUACUGGGAGAGCAGCGAUCUCUGGAGAACGUGGAUAGCUCCUGAACAUUUCCAGAUGUACAAGCAAAUGGUCCUAGGAAGAGACGCAGGAGCUUGUUUUGUAGCUGGUGAAGUUCCAGGCCAUCAGACAGACAGCCAGAUUACAAUGGGCAUCUCCUGGCAAGCCUGAAGAUACCAGAGCGAAGGAAUGGAAUUGAAUGGUUGAAAACCCUGGUCUUGCGUUGAAGUACAUCACUUUCAAACAAGAAGCUGCUGGGGUCCGAACUGCGCAACACCGCAGCAUGCAGUCCUACCGAGAGCAGAGCAGCUACCAUGGGAACCAGAGGCUGCUGCACCAAGAGGCCCAGGAGACGUCGCGCCUGGGAGACCACAACCAGUACCACCAGGGUCAGAUGUUCAGCGGCUACACCAACCGACCGGUCAGCGAGAGCUGCGACCAGCAGCUCUACCAACCCUUCCGGAGGGAUCCCACCGACUACUAUUACUCCAGGGAGAAGGAGCUGACCGCUACCCAGGCUCAGCGCAGGCUGGCCGGGCGUCUGCAGACUGGUUACGGAGCCCAGCCGGCUGCUGGCUACUCAGUGCAGUACCUCAGCGAGGGCCAGUGGCGGAUGCCCCACACCGCCAUGCCCGGCUACAGCCACUUCGAGCAGGACGUGUACGCCAGUCAGUUUUCCCCCGCCGCCGUGCAGCAACAGUUGCGACAUCAGACCUUCCAGGCAACCCCAGGCAGCCAAGUCCCUUCCUCUUCCGCUCACCUCUCCCAGCUCAUCCACCAGUCGGGCUCCGGCCUGCUGGCCAAGUACCAGCACCGCGCAGCCCAGUAUAACCCCCAGCAGUUCCAGUCCUCUUCCUCCAUCUCCACCACCACUACCACUGCCUCUACCACCUCCUCCUCCUCCUCCCCCUCCUCCUACCUGUCUCCUCAAGGCUACAGCCAGCCUCCCGGGCAGGCGUUCGAUGGCUAUCACACCAGUGCCGGCGGCCAGUGCGAUGGCUACCCGGUCAAUGCCACAGUUGCCGCUGGUUACGGGACCCAAGCAGGGUACAGCUACCAGCCGCCUGUAUCUAAACCCUGCUUCGAACAGGCGAAGCCACUGGCAGGCCAGCAACACCGGGUCCUGCAAUACUCCACACCCGCCAAGCUGGCUCUGCUCAACCAGCAGUUUGCUUCCUACUGUUCGGCCGACAUUCCCGCCAAGUCGCCCAUGCCAUUCCAUCAGAACUUCAGCCCCGGAUCCAACCCGUCUCCAGCCCCCCCGGUGGCCCAGUCGCCCUCGUGCAGCUCCACCCCGUCCCCUCUGUUGGUCAACAGCGACAGCCUUCAGUGCGGGGCGGGAUCCAUGGGCAUGGUGGCGAGGAGCCGCAUCCUGCAGCAGAUGCACGAACCUAGCCCCACACCAGCGGGGCUGAUGCCUAGUCCCACACCAGCGGGGCUGAUGCCUAGUCCCACACCAGCGGGGCUGAUGCCUAGUCCCACGGCAGCAAGUCUGAUGCCCAGUCCCAGCUCCCAGUCCGGGGCCUACGAAGGCUUUGGUCUAGAGGGGGGUGGGGAGAAGCGGGUGUCCGACUUGGGCCUGAGCAGCCUGACGGCCCUGAGCUCGCAGGUGGCCAACAUCCCCAACACCGUGCAGCACCUGCUGAUCUCCGAAUCGCUAGCGCUGCACCGCAGGCACGCCCGCCGCACCGCCAAGAGGCCUGGGGCCCUGGGCGAGCUUCCUGGCCUCGAGGAGCAGCUGAAAUCUCCACAUGCGGAGUCCCUGGACGGCGGCUGCUCCAGCUCAUCGGAGGACCACGCCGAGCGGGUACGGCAGCUCAGCGGGCAGAGCUGCUGCUCGGACCAGGUCUUCAAGCACCGCAACCCCGACGCCGUCAACGCCCUCUGCUCGCCGGCCGGCUCCCACGGCAACGGCGCUGGCCGGCCCCUGUCCAAGGAGGAACUGAUGGUCCAGAUGUGCCAGGAGGGCAAAGGUGGCGCCAUGGCAUCGCUGGUGGAGCAGGCGACCCGGCGGGGUGAAAAACCGGUGGGGGUCAUCGUGUCCCGGGAAGCUAUGGGCGGCAGGGAGGAUGUGCUGGGCAUGGCUGGGCAAGAGGACGAGCACUCGAGGCAGACCCCAUUCCCUGUCGGCAAUGAGAAAGCUCCCGGACGCAACCAGCAACCAAACAACCGUGGCGGUGCGGUGAUAUCAGCCGCCCAGAAUGGGAAUGGCCUUGGGCACCAAGGAGCCACCUUGCCCAACGACCCCAUGGCUGCCAGGCUGGACUCGGCUAAGUCGCCCAGCUGCCUGGUGUACGGUUUCCGCGACAUGCCGAGGAACGAAGGCGGCUACCAUCAGAUGCAGUACCCGGCCGUUCCUUACGGCCAAGCCGAGCCCGACCAGUUCACUCUUGGAGACCGGAAGGUGGUCCCAAGUAAGGCUGAGAAGAGCCACAGCUUGCUCCAAGAAGCUUUGCAAGCCAACUAUCCCGGGAGAAAGUUUCACCCAAAUUACCUUCCCGACCUGCAAUAUUCGGGAUUCAUGGAUCCCUCGCAGCAGCCGGGCUACCCAGUGCGGCAAAUGAUCGAGCUGGCGAGGAAGGACGUGCAUGGCAGUGCCCUGGCACCACCCUCUAGCUGGGGUGAUGGAAGAGUACCCGGCUUUGGCACCGAGCAGGCCAGGGCUGACCUGGAGGCCCAACUGGAAAGCGUGAUGUCGGAGAGGAAGUCUGUCAUCUGCGACGUUUCCCCCUCCCGGCCCUUUGGCCGGAGCUCCAUGCCGCUAAGCUGCGGGCAGUCUCACGACCAAGACUUUGUCCGCAACGUGAAGGGAGAAGAUAGAUUUUGUAAAGCAGGCCAGUCUGUCAUCCAGCCAGGUAUACCAAUGAUGACUGAAGCACGAAUCAAAGGUGAGAUGGGCCAAAGCCUGUGUCAGCAAAGGCCCUCUGGUCACCUUGACAGCCGAGAUGGCAGGACACUCUCUCCCCACUGGAAGUACGAUCCUUCAGACCUGGUCAGGGGUUCCACCAUGAUUUCCACUCCACUGCCCAUGGGACCCACCACCAGCUUUCCCCACCAAGCCCUGAACAACCGAUCCACCAGGGGGCGCCGUCCGUACGGAAGGGGGGCAGGGAGAGGCGGAGGGAGGAAGAAGAGACCUUCGGCGCGGGCGGACGGGAACACUUUCCUGACCAGAGCGCCAUUUGUCAAGCAGGAAGUGAUGCCAGAAGCUGGCAGAGUUGGGCAUUUCGGCCAACCUUGCGAUCACAUGCCGCCCUCGUUGGACAAAGUCACCAUGUAUCCCGGUUCUGCAAACUCGGACACGCUGUCCUCCCUGUUAACCAAGCAAGUCAACUCUUGUUCCUCGGGUAUGGAGUCAGAAGCCACCAUGAGGUAUCCAAUUCAUUCACAGAAGCAAAUGCAGAAUCCUGAAGGGAUGGGCGGCUGGGCAGACACAAUUGAUGGGAAAAACCCAGAUCCCGAGAUCUGCAGGAGCGGGAUGCUGAAAGAGCCAAGGCUCUUUGAGGCCACGCAACAGGACAUGAGUGGUCAUCCUUCAUUGCAGAUGUUUUCACCUCAGGGUCAUGACAUCCAAAGCCCACAGCUGGCUGAACAGUCAAUACGUCAAGAGGACGCCGCGGUUCAAUCCUCCAUUUUGUCGAGGAGGAGGAUAAGAUCUUUUAUAUCGCCUAUUCCAGCCAAACGAUUUUGCCAAGAGCCAAAAGCCAAGGAUUCGAUGACCCCUUGUGACCCCAACAACUCGCAGUGCAGUGCCGGCCCGAUCCCGGUGCACAAUGCCGAGCCUGGCGAUGAGUGCCAGCAGAUGAACGAUGAGAAGGGCAGCCCCGGUGGGAGCCUGUCUCCAGCCGCUUCCCUCGCCAGUCCCGGCAAGACCAAAACCCUACCGCCGCGGAAGGGCCGCGGCCUGAAGCUGGAAGCCAUCGUCCAGAAGAUCACAUCACCCAAUGGCCGGAAGUUUCCCCCGACUGGGAUGCUCGAUGGGGCCUCCGACAGCCUGACUCUAGAGGACAUCCUGUCUGUCAGUGAGGCAGGGUGGGAGAGGACCAGUGCGGCCAUGGUGCUGCCUGGGUUCAAGGUGGAUGCUGAUGCCAAGGAGGGAGACAUGGAGGCUCGUGGCCCCGGUCGUACCGGUGAGGUGGGCCACGCCAACUGCUCCCAGAUUUGCAAAGACUUUGUGCCAUCCGCUCGGGCACCACAUCAUCCCGACUCCAAGCAGUGUGGCCCCCCUUGCCCUCUGCCCUGCUCCCUGGCGCACCACGCUGGUGAAGAUGCCACUGGCUUCACCGCCAAGGUGGAGGCGUCAAUAAAAGGCUACUUCCCUUCGGGCAAGAAGCGAGGAAGGCCGCUGGGUAGCAUCAACAAGCAGAAGCGGCAUCGGCAGGAGUGCCAGGACCCACCGACCCUGGAGGAGACGGAGGAGAUGGAGGAGGAGGAGGAGGAGGCCAAACCCAAGGUGGUGCCCGAGAGUAAGAAACCGGCCUCCCACCAGCGGAGGCGCCGCAAGAGGCUCGAGGGUCCCAUGGUGCUGCCCAUAGAGCCGGACAUUAAACUGAAACACACUAUUCGAACUGUACGCUGGAGGCGGGUAGAAACCCAGGACAAAGGCUUCUCUCCGUACGUGCUGCUGGAGAGGAAGCGAGAGGCUGCCCUCUGCACCAUUAUCAACAACCACGAUGAUCAAAACAGGGCCCAGAAAGGGGUGAAGGGGGAGCAGGGCCUGGCCUGCACCCCACCGCCCAGUUGCGCUGGCAAGGCCUUGCCCACGUCCUCGCAUAUGGUGCAGGGCCCGGUGGUGACUGACUCCUCCACCCUUGGCGUCGUGCUCUGCUGCCUGUGCGGCAAGUGCGCCAAUCACCGUGACCUGGGCGACCUUUAUGGACCCUACUACCCGCACCAGUACGCUGCCACCCUGCCCAAGAACCCACCCCCGAAGAAGAUGGUGCCGGUGCCAAGCAGGGUGGUGAGGCACCGGAGCAUGCCCGACCUGCUGAAGACUAGCCAGUCGGGAGACGAGGGCAAGGAGUUUGGGACUGUCCCGGGGCACCCCAGGCUCAAAAGGCGCCACUACAGCGAAGAUUGCACCCCUUCCUGGGCUAGUCCCAGGAGCAGCAAAGGGCACCGGCACUGCCACUGCUGCGUAAAGACUUCUGUCGACUCACGGACUCAGAGAUUUAAAAGUGAGCUCGGCCCGCAGGUGGAGCUGCAGCUCCCUCAACUACCUCUCGACCCCAACGAACUGUGGAUCCACGAGUCCUGUGUGCUCUGGGCCAGCGGGGUCUACCUGAUCUCUGGGAGACUCUACGGACUGCAAGAGGCUGUAGAAAUGGCCAGAGAAACGAAAUGCUCACACUGCCAGGAGCCUGGCGCUACCCUGGGCUGCUACUGCAAGGGAUGCCCUCUCAACUAUCACUACAUCUGUGCUAUGGAAGCAGAUUGCUUCCUGAAUGAAGAGAAUUUCUCCAUGAAAUGUCCCAAACAUAAGCACAGGGCUACAAAAGGUAGCAGCACAGAGCAGUCGGAGCGAGGCUGAGCACAGGCCUCCACUUCUCUACGGACACAGCACAAGCAGGUCCUCCUGUUGAGAGGCGGUGAAUCUGACACCAUUACGCGAUCGGACGGGGUGACUCCAUGGGCGUGUCUGUCGGCCCUCAGACGACCAGCGUUUGCUGCAACCACCAAGAACUGCCGGUCAGAGGACCCGGAGCAAAAAAUAACCCUGGACCUGUGCGCUUGCAGCCCCGAUAUCCACAAACCACAGGGCAGUGAACAAAACAAGAGGCCAUCGCGACUGGGAAGGGUGGGUGGGGGUGGGUUGGGGGGGGAUGGUCCAGGAUGGGGAUGGUCCAGGAUGGGGAUGGGGGAGAUUCUACUGAAGGCAUCCCCUUCCCCAAACAUUGCAGAGACCCGGGGUGCCCACCCCCCACAGACGGUCCUUGGCUCAAUCUCCUGAUGUAAAACGGCUUUAGUCUGAGAGGAUGGAUCGCCCAGAUUAUAUAUUUUAUUUUUUAUUUUAAAUAUAUCGGUGACUCUUGGUUUUAAAAUACUUUUUUCCCCCCCUGUUUCUCUGUCCCUUCCUCUGCCAUUGGCUGACCAUGGCAGGAGAGUAUAGUGGUGAGAACUCGCCCAUGUAUGUUCAGUGUUAUUUUGGGUGUUUUAUUCAAUACAUAUAUAUUAUAUUAUAUUAUAUAUAGUUAUUAAAUUGUUUACAACAGUAA